AUGAGAGCACUAUUCCGUCUAUUAGCAACACUACUAUGUUGCGUCCCAGUGGGGCACUGCUGGGCAGCACCCCCACCUGCAGUGUUUCCUCGUCUUCGGGACGAUGUGUCGAGUGGCGAAUUCGUUAAUCUCACACGCGAAGAGGAAGAAGGAGAGUUCAGUGUGCGCGUGCUGAAGGAGUCAUCCUCGCGUUGCGGUUUGAGGUUAAACGACUGGGCAGAAAUACGCAUGCGAUCGUUCGCUCCGGGUGUCAAGAUACUGCCACACUUAUUCGAGAACAAGGAGUUCGGGCAUGCACUGCAAGGAUUCGAAGUGGGAAAACAUAAUGUCACCCCGUUGAACAGGGGGAUUAUUGGAAUGUGUGUUGGCGAAAUCAGAAGAGUUGGGAUUAAAAUUGGGAACAUGGGGAAAAUAUUCUACGAAGUCACGCUGGAAAACUUCAAGAGAAUACACCGCAAAACUCCACGUACAAAGGACGAACUUUGA